AUCAAAGUGAAGACUAUGGCUACGAAACAAGAUAUGGCGGAACUCGAUCGUUUGGAAACUGGUUCCAAUUUCCCAUCUUUAGAAGCCGUCGGCUACAACAUCAAGCGAGCGAGAGGUGCGUCUGCGAUGGGAGUCCAAACGGUAGAGGUGUCGUCGGCCAAUCGGCCUGGCGCGGGAAGUUUGAUGUCACCGGCGCCGCCAGCCACGGGCGUCGCUACCGGCACCAAUGACGUGGAAAAGGGCACGACUGGCCAGAAGAGCGGCGAUCAGUGGGGCAAAAACAUGCAGAGGUGGCGCAACGAUAACAUUGACAUUGGCAAAGCAGACCCUGGCGGCCCUGGCAUCUGUGCAUUCAUCCUGACACUCUUCUCUUUCCUGCUAAUUUUGGCCACUUUCCCGCUCUCGCUAUGCUUCUCUGUCAAGGUGGUACAAGAAUACGAACGAGCUGUCAUUUUCCGCUUGGGUCGUUUGCUCAAAGGAGGCGCCCGCGGUCCCGGUAUCUUCUUUAUCGUGCCCUGCAUCGAUACUUAUCGUAAAAUUGAUCUUCGUACCGUCUCCUUCGAUGUCCCACCGCAAGAGGUCUUGUCGCGUGACUCGGUCACGGUGAGCGUAGACGCCGUAGUCUACUACCGCGUCAAAAACCCCAUCAUGGCCACCAACAACGUCGAGGACUACAGCCAUUCGACCCGUUUGCUGGCGGCCACAACGCUACGUAACGUCUUGGGUACCAAGAACUUGGCCGAAAUCCUGUCGGAACGCGAGACCAUCUCGCACACUAUGCAGAGCUCAUUGGACGAGGCCACCGACCCUUGGGGUGUUAAAGUGGAACGCGUUGAAAUUAAGGACGUUCGCUUGCCAGUGCAACUGCAACGAGCCAUGGCUGCCGAAGCUGAGGCUGCCCGUGAAGCUCGUGCUAAAGUAAUUGCUGCUGAGGGAGAACAAAAAGCCUCUCACGCUCUUAGGGAAGCCGCUGAGAUUAUCUCCGAAUCUCCUGGCGCCCUUCAGUUGCGCUACCUCCAGACGCUCAACACCAUCUCGGCCGAGAAGAACUCUACCAUCAUCUUCCCGUUGCCAAUUGACAUCCUCAAACAUUUCUUAAAACCCGACAAGAAGGAGAAGAAAGAAAUGAGGUAACUUGCGAGAAAAAAUUAACGUCAACUAGCAAAGGAAGAGUCGGUCAUUCAAACAACCGUUGAAUCAUUGUAAACAAACUCUGACAAACUGUUUAUCAUUAUGGUGCUUCUAAUUUUACGUAUAUUAAUUCUGCUGGUCUCAUGGUCGAUGGGGAACACUUCUUCACAAUUGCAUUUCGAAGGUUGGACGAGUAUGGGGCACCUUCUUUUGCCCCCAUUCGUAGCUUUUGGACAAUUCAACUAAACAAAAACAUGUAUUGGUAGACGCACUUUUAUCUUCAAAACAAUAUGCAUCAAACUCAAUCCACACAGAAGAACAGAAAAACAAAACAAGCAGCACAUCAACUGUAUAAUUUCUACGACAAAAAGACGACGAAGGUUUCAUAAUCGAACGCGGCCCAUUUGCAUUUUUUUCCACGUCAUUGUUAUUCUCUACCCCUAUACUCUUUCUAUAAGAACCCAUCUAAUAAGAGUUCUUAAUUCUCUAGUCAAAUUCGGUUUUCCCUUCAUAUUAGUCAUUGGCUAAUAAUUGCGGCUGGCACGUAUCGCCAGUUCGUUCACAAAACUGCUGUUACCGUUGAAACACUUCGAUCUGGUUCAGAAAUUAGCACGAAUUAGUUGAUUUUAAAUAUCAUCGAUAAUGUUUGUUUUCUAGCUCCAGCAAUGUCAAAUAUCCUUCUUCCCUUUCUCCCUCUCUUCUCCUUCGAUCUUACGGUUCUCUUUAGUGUCAUUCACAUUGAUUGCCCGUGUUAGGUUGUUAUUCUGCCGUUACCUGGCUGAUUGAGUGCUGGAAUGGCGAAUUUCAACGGGCGAGGCUGUUUGUAUUUUAUUUUAUUUUUUUUCUUCAUUUGUUUUUUUUUGUCACAUAAAUAUGCCCAUCACUUGUUGUUAAUUUUUGCCAAAUCUUUUGGCAAAAAGACGUCUUGUGAUAACCUCCUAUCUACCUUUAAUUAUAACAUUCUUUUUCGUCCAAAGAAAUAUCAAUAUAAAAAUCAAAGAUC